AUGUUAAAACGACAUUCAGAAAUCCGGAAACUCACCCUGCCUGUGGAAAAAGAUGGCAAAGCCUUUCAUCCCACUUACGAAGAAAAACUGAAGCUUGUGGCACUGCAUAAGCAGGUUCUUAUGGGUCCAUAUAAUCCAGACACUUGUCCUGAGGUUGGAUUCUUUGAUGUGUUGGGGAAUGACAGGAGGAGAGAGUGGGCGGCCCUGGGAAAUACCUCUAAAGAGGACGCCAUGGUAGAGUUUGUCGAGCUCCUGAACAGGUGUUGCCAUCUCUUCUCCACGUACGUCGCGUCCCACAAAAUCGAGAAGGAGGAGCAAGAAAAGAAAAGGAAGGAGGAGGAGGAGCGAAGGCGGCGGGAAGAAGAGGAGCGAGAGCGAGUGCAGAAGGAGGAGGAGAAGCGCAGGAGAGAGGAGGAGGAGCGGCUUCGGCGGGAGGAGGAAGAGCGGCGGCGGCUGGAGGAGGAGCGGCUGCGGCUGGAACAGCAGAAACCGGCCAGAGUCCGAGAGGCCCAGAGACACGGGCCCGGGACAGAGAAUCCGGGCGGUGCGGCCCGUGGCAGGUGCCGUUCUGAGUACGGGGUUUGGGACCCGAAACCGUCUCCUGUUCGGGGCGGUGAGCGCAGCCGUCUCCCAGGGGACCGGCUCUUGCAGAGGGAGCUCUGGGCGGCGCUCCAGAAGCAGCAGGAGGUAGCGGUUGGGGGAGCCGCUUUGCCUACGCCGGCAAAGGUGAAUGCAGCUGUGCCGAGUGAUAGGACGUCGGUUAACGGACAGGCCAAAGCCCACACGGACAGCUCUGAGAAAGACCUCGAACCAGAAGCUGCAGAAGAAGCCGUGGAGAAUGGACCAAAAGAAUCUCUUCCAGUAAUAGCAGCUCCGUCCAUGUGGACACGACCCCAGAUCAAAGACUUCAAAGAGAAGAUUCGGCAGGACGCGGACUCCGUGAUUACAGUGGGCCGAGGGGAAGUGGUCACCGUUCGCGUCCCCACCCACGAAGAGGGAUCGUAUCUCUUUUGGGAAUUUGCUACAGACAAUUAUGACAUUGGAUUUGGGGUGUACUUUGAAUGGACAGACUCUCCAAACACUGCUGUCAGCGUGCACGUCAGCGAGUCCAGUGACGACGACGAGGAAGAGGAAGAGAACGUCAGCAGUGAGGAGAAAGCCAGAAAGAACGCCACCAAGCCCCUGCUGGACGAGGUCGUGCCUGUGUACCGGCGGGACUGUCACGAGGAGGUGUAUGCCGGCAGCCACCAAUACCCAGGGAGAGGAGUCUACCUCCUCAAGUUUGACAACUCCUACUCUUUGUGGAGGUCAAAGUCGGUCUACUACAGAGUCUAUUAUACUAGAUAA